AUGAGCCUCACAACGUGCAAAGCGGCCAUAGCCCUCGAGGCCUGUGUGGGCAGAGCCCCCAUCCAACGUGAGCUCGCGCUACCCACAGCGCAGGCGCACUGGGGCCGCGCGCGGAAACCUGGGAGCCGCCCGGGGCUGGGCGGCCUGGGGCGCGGGCCCAACGGCCAACGCGGCCGCGCGGGAACUCGCGCGCCAGGCCCCGCCCGCGGUUUGAACCUGAGGCCCCGCCCCCGCCCCCGGCCAAUCAGCGGGCGGGGCGGCCGGCUCCACGGCGACCCUUUGUGGGCGCUGCGCGGCCCCGCCCCUGGCCCCGCCCCUCCCGGCAGCUCCUCCCUCGGCGGCGGCGCGGGUUGCGCGGGCGGCGCAGACGCUGGCGGACAGGGCAAGAUGUUCGCCCGCGGGCUGAAGAGGAAGCGCUCGGAGGAGGAGGCGCCCGCCGACCGCCUGCAGCGCCAGUCGCUCCUGGACAUGUCACUGGUCAAGCUGCAGCUGUGCCACACGCUGGCGGAGCCCAGCCUGUGCCGCUCCGUCCUCAUCGCCAACACGGUCAGGCAGAUCCAGGAGGAGAUGACCCAGGACGGGAGCUGGCGCCUGCCCGGGCCCCAGGCCCCGGGGCGGGCGCCGCGUGACCGCCUGGUGUCCACGGAGCUCCUGUGCCGCUCGCCUCGGGCGGGGCCGCCCCCGGCCCCCGGCCCCGCAGACCUGGCCUCUGCGCUGCAGGCGGCCCCGGCAGCACAGGCUCCCGGAGUUGUGCCAGGAGGCCCCUGGGACAGGGCCGGCCCCGGAGAAAGCCGAGGGGGCUUCCCCAGGUCUCUUGAUCAGGUGUUUGAGACGCUGGAGAACCACGGCCCUGGCGCCGUGGAGGAGCUGUUUUCCGACGUGGACGCCUCCUACUACGACCUGGACGCCGUGCUGACGGGCAUGGUGGGCGGCGCCAAGUCGGGCCCGGAGGGGCUGGAGUCCUUCGCCUCCGCGGCCGCCCCACCCCCUGGCGCUGGCUGCAAGGUGGACCUGGGCGAGCUGGACCACGUGGUGGAGAUCCUGGUGGAGACCUGAGCGGCGGCGGAGCGGUGCGUCUGUGAGACUCACGGAAACAGCCGGCGUUCGAGGCUGUGGGUGCCGGGGGCCCGCCUCUGUGAUCGGGAGAGCCCCCGGAGCAGCGUCCGGCGGCCCCGCCCUCCCAGGGUGGGCGGCUUUCCCGCGGGCGGUCGUGCCGCCCUGGGCCCUGACCGGUGCCCUGAGACAGCCCCGCCAGAGGAUGCCAGCCGCAUCCGGCCUCAUCCAACUUCAGAUGGGUGAAUUUUCUAAAAUUAAGUUUUAUAUGUUUGAGGCAAUAUUUUGUCUUAAGAUACAUUUUUUAACUUUUUAUACUUUGAUCACUAGAUUUUUUUAGCUAUUUUCUUAAAAGUAUAUUUUUUCUAUAAACAUGGUCUGCUGCUACAUUAGAAACUUAGAGCCUAAACAGUUGCAGUCGGUGUAUUUCAUUUUUUUAAGGUUUAAAGAACACUGUUCUUUUUACAAGGAGCAUCACUGCCUUGAGUCUGCAGUGUCCACGCAUCGUGAUUUCCACUCUGGACUUGGGUGUGAGCCUUGCCCAUAGGCCCUGCUGCGGUCCGAGCGAGGUCCGGGUCAGAGGCCUUGCACGUGAUGCCUUUACCAGAUCUGCUGCAUAACCAUGUGUCUGUUGGACUGCAGUGUGGGUUCUGAAGGGUUUAUUCACCAGAUCUGCCUCGUGACCACGAGUCUGUUGGACUGCGGUGUGGGUUCUGAAGGGUUUUAUUUAUGCCUGUUUAUGUGUAAGUGUCUUCGGGGCUGAAAGUCAGGUGCGCUCUGCCUGGAGACCACUUGUACCCGAGGUCUCGGGUGGUGCCUCCGAGGGUCUGCGUCUAGGGACCCCUCCUGCACAGGUUUCCCAGCACAGCCAAGCUUCCUCCUACAGUUGCUGUCCUCCAACACCCCUGCCUGGCCGGCUGCUGGACCCCCACGCACUGGGCCCACGCACACAGAGGCUGCUCUGAGCCGCUGUGUUUGGGGAGGGCGUCUGUGCACCACUGCGUUGGAGGGUGUUCGCAUAUGCUCCUUUAAACCGGUGCUGGGACAGAAUCUUAAUCUUGAACUUAAGUCUAGGACUGAAGGAGUCCUGGGCAUGUCAUUACCGUGGCUCCUCCGUCUUGAGGGUCGUUGACGGUGGGCUGGGCUGUGUGUCCUGUGCCCGGGCAUCCAGACCGCCCACAGCGUUUAGAUCUUUAUCACUGGUUUACAAGUGAGUCUGCUCACUCCCCACUCCACCCCACGUUUCCCACUUCUCGUGCUUUUUCUUCCUCCUCCAGCCCUUACCCAAGAAGACUUGUUUGCUUAGUAUCAGCGAUUACACCUCAUUUUAUUAAAGAGUUAUCUAAGGGA